AUGGCUCCCAACGUCGGCCUGGGCUCCCAAGGCCCUGUUGAGCGCGGAUGGGGUCUCUGGCUCACCAGUGUGCUGGCUGUCGUGCUGGCUGGUUUCUUCGUCGGCGCACGCAUUAUUCAGCGGUUUAUUAAGAAAAGCGGGCUGGGAAUGGACGACUAUUUGAUUAUCGCAGCCUUGUUUUCUUCGAUUCUGCUGACUGUGACUGAGUGUCAAGCUGUUGUGUAUGGCUAUGGGAGGCCUUGGAAGACACUACCUGCGGAAUCUCGGAUAACGGCUCGCAAAUGGUUCUAUGGGGCAAACAUUGUUUACAAAGUGGUUCUCCUGUUCAAUAAAAUGUCAGUCGUAUGCCUGUACUAUCGCAUCUUCGCCAUCAUUACAACGUCUUUCCGCAUCGCAUGCCAUGUCAUGAAUAUAUGGAUAGUCACUACAGGCAUUGCUUUUACCCUGGCUACAAUCUUCCAGUGUACACCGAUUGCCGCUUUCUGGGAUCACAGCAUAGAAGGAGCCAAGUGUUUCCACAAUCAACCCUGGUGGAUCUCCUACGCGACCGUCCAAAUCAUCACCGACUUUGUACUUCUUGCCAUGCCAUUCCGACAGAUUCUAAAACUCUCCAUGGGCACAACUGAGAAGCUGGGUGUAGCAUUGGUGUUUGGCACCGGUGGAUUCGUAACCUUUGCGUCCAUCUAUCGCGCCACGACCAUUGCAACAUCCGCAAACAACCCAGAUCCAACCUGGGGUCCCAUUCCCGCGACAAUAUGGUCCGUCAUCGAAGCGAAUGCCGGUAUCAUUUGCGCCUGUCUUCCAAUGCUCCGCGCUCCAUUCGUACGCUUAUUUGGACCCUUAUUCGGCUCGCACGGAGCUUCCAAAGCCAACACGAAGCGUUUUUCAUACCCAAUGAUCUGGCAAAGUAAUCACCACCCCGGAACAGGCCAUAGGAGUAGCGUGUCUCAUCCGAGAAACGAAUCGCAGCGCGACAGCGAAUGUAACAUCAUUGAGGAUGACGUACUUCCCCCUAGCAGACCUGGUGCAUUGAAUCGCCAGAAUAGCGACAUUGUCGUUACAAAUGAGUUCAGCAUCGAGCGCAAUAAACUGCAAAAAUCAAAGACGGAGACGACGAUAUGCGACACAAACACUGCACGGAGCGUCAGCGAGGACAAGCCUGAAGGAAAAAGUCCCUAUUACCAUGUCUAAUUCGAAAUGUGUCCCGCUUAUUCUCUUCAUAACGAAUGUAUUACGCCUAAUGAUAUCGCAAAAUCAAUACGCAUUUUCGAAAUGCUUAAUACGGGGCGGAGCAUCCAAGAUAUCCCCCGAUGUCAGCUGCACAUAGACCCGGAUAAUGCAAGUCAAUAUCCAACAGAAAGAAUUAACACACCACAUAAAGGACCCUAUGCCCACUACGCCCCAUUGCGGAAAGCCAAGUGCUAAGUCUCUGAUGUAAUGUACAUACGUAGCAUCCAUGUCUACAGGGAUCCGCCCCAUCCCACAUGUACG